AUGACGCGUGCCACCUCAGCCAUGUCCGGGCGGCGCGUGGACGGCAGCUGCACGCAGAGGGCGGCAGUGCGCGCCAUCUGCAGCAGAAAGGGCAGGUUGAGCGGCGAGGCGAUGCGCGCGUCCGCUAUCACCCGCACCUCCCCGCGCUCUAUGUAUGGCACCGCCUGGUGGAAAGAGGGGGGGGGGGGGAGGGUGGCACAAAUAGCUCACCCAGGUGGUGAUGUGGACGUGACAGCUCACCCAGGUGGUGAUGUGGACGUGACAGCUCACCCAGGUGGUGAUGUGGACGUGACAGCUCACCCAGGUGGUGAUGUGGACAUGACAGCUCACCCAGGUGGUGAUGUGGACAUGACAGCUCACCCAAGUGGUGAUGUGGACAUGACAGCUCACCCAAGUGGUGAUGUGGACAUGACAGCUCACCCAAGUGGUGAUGUGGACAUGACAGCUCACCCAAGUGGUGAUAUGGAUAAGGCAGCUCUCAUCCUCCGGGUCCCUGGCCGUGGCUGGCCGGCCUGUCACCAUCUCGAGCAGCAGCACACCGUAGCUGGUUGGCACAGAUGUGGAGAGAAGUCGAGAGACAUGGAAAGAUGUGACAGACUUGGAGAGGUAAUAUGGGUCCUCGACCGUGGCGGGUGGUUCACAUGGGAUGAGAAGGAGCAGGGUAUGGAUGGGAGGGACAUGUAA